AACUAUUUAAUUGCGAUUUGUGGAGCACUACGGCGGAAAGCGAUUUUGAACGGAGCGGUCUUUGUUUUCCGGCCGGAAACAAUUUCUGCUACCACCUGUCUGCUCUGCUCCCGAACUCAUGCUCACGAUAUCGUAACUUAGUCCUGUUUUUCAAAGGGUUCAUGCUUAGCCGGUUGGUUUGUGUGUUCAAACCAACACCCCUCCCUCCUCAAGUGCUCUCUAUGGUAAGAGCUAUGAGCGUAUUUUCUAACAAGGUUAAUCCCAUAACAGGGAAAACGGAGUGGGAAAUGCAUGAUGACGAAUACGAUUUUCACCAAGAAAUUGCACGCUCCUCAUAUGCAGACAUGCUACAUGACACUGAGAGAAAUGAGAUGUAUCAAGUCGCCUUAGAAUCUGCCAUUAAACUCAUGCAUCAAAAUGGAAAACCAGCCCAUGUCUUAGACAUUGGAACGGGAACUGGUUUACUGGCUAUGAUGGCAGCCAGAGCAGGAGCUGAUUCUAUUAUUGCUUGUGAGGCUUUUGAACCUGUUGGCAAGUGUGCAAAAGAAAUAAUAAAUUUAAAUGGCUAUGGAAACAAAAUUAAAGUUAUUCCGAAGAGGUCCACUGCCUUGACUGUUGGGCCUAAUUGUGAUUUACCACAUCGAGCUAACAUUCUUGUCACGGAGGUGUUUGAUACAGAGCUCAUAGGAGAGGGCGCUUAUGCAACGUUUAGCCAUGCUCAUAAGGAAUUGCUGGAGAAAGACUGUAUUGUUGUUCCAUCUUCAGCAACUGUUUAUGCUCAAGUUGUGGAAAGUGAAUUGGUUUCAAGGUGGCACAAUAUGAAACCACUAAAAAAUGGACCUGAUAAUAUUAUUCUCACACCCCCAGAAGUCAUGCAGUGUAAGGGUGCAGCUGCUGUUCAUGACAUCCAAUUAAGUCAAUUGUCUCCUCAUUUAUUUAAAACUAUUUUGCCUCCAGUACCAGUUUUUAGAUUUGAUUAUUCAGGACGCAGCCCAGUUGUGAAAGAAAGAUCAACUGUGCAGGUCCUCAAGGCUGCUUCUGAUGGUAUUGCUCAAGCAGUUUUUAUGUGGUGGGAUUUAACCAUGGACACCAAGGGCGAGGUGGUCCUCAGUUGUGCUCCAUUCUGGGCCCAUCCAUCCAAAGCCAAAUCUCCCAAUGACAUUCCCUGGAGGGAUCAUUGGAUGCAAGCUGUGUAUUAUUUACCAACACCUGUAACUGCAAAGACAGGGCAAGAAUUGACUCUUAUCAGUUCACAUGAUGAAUAUUCACUUUGGUUCAAUUUGGCUUUGGACUUGAAGUUAAAGGAGGAAGACUACAAGUCUCCUGUGUGCAGCUGUAGUAUUCAUGCUGUUCUUAGCCGCAGCAGAAUAGGUCAGAUAAAUGAUGAGGAACGCACUCAAAAAUACAUCAAGGCAAUGCAGUCUGUUAUAAAUGAAGAUAGUGUCUGUUUAAGCGUUGGAGAUUCAUUUGUUAUUGCCUUAGCUGCAGCUAAACUAGGUGCCAAAAAGGUACUCUGCAUUGAGAGCUGUUCUCUUACACGGAGAAUCAUCGAAGGCUAUGUUGUACAUAACAACCUAAAAGACCAGGUCAACGUUUUUGAUGAAGCAGCAUUAACUACUGAUAAAAUAUUGGAAAAAAUUGAUGACAAGGUAAAUGUUGUUUUAAGUGAGCCAUAUCAAAUGACAAGUAUUUUACCAUGGGAAAACUUGCAUUUCUGGUACAAAAAAACUGAAAUGCUUUCAAAAAUUCAUGAAAAUUGUGUUACUUUACCUUGCCAAGGUCUGUUGUAUGGAAUGGCAGUUGAUUUUAAAGAUUUGUGGAAAAUAAGAGCUCCUCUUAAAAAUGUGCAAGGAUUUGAAAUGAAAUGUUUUGAUUCUCUCAUUGAUGUGGCAAGCAACAGAGUUGAUUGUAAAUGGGAAGCACAGCCCCUGUGGGAGUACCCAUGCAAAGCUUUAUCAAAGCCAACUAAGUUGCUGGAGCUCAACUUCAAUGCCAAUAUUCCUCAGAAGCAGAUAGAAUACACCGGCUCACUAGAUAUCAUGGGAUUGGGUCAAUGCAAUGGUGUGGCACUAUGGGUUGAUUGGGUCUUGGAUGAAGAAGCCCAGAAUGUUAUUUCAACAGGUCCAACAGAAGAAGUACAAAUUGGGCAUCAGGUAAACUGGAAUUUACAUUCACGUCAAGGUGUGUAUUUAUUCCCUGAAGCAAUCGCUCAGGUUCCAAACUUGACAUUCACUACAGUUUUUAAUCCCACAAGUGGCGUUAUCUCAUUUGAUUUCAAGCCAGUUGAGGUGAAAGUUUUGCAGACAGCAUAGUUAAUUUGUUAUAAAAAUGGAUCAAAAAUUAUAUAAAGUAAUUGUAUUUUUUA